UGGUGUGCGGCGCUGUCACUCAGGUCCAGAAAGUGCUUCCUGUGCCUGCGCAGGCUGUACCGGGAAGUCUCGCUGGCUGGGACGGGCUCUGGGGCAGUGACGGUAGGGACGGGCCCCGGCGUUCUGUGACACCCCGCCUGCUUCCCCUCGUCCACCCCCGGCCGGCGGCGACCGGCCACAGCUGCAGCGGGCCCGGGGCGUGCGGCCUGGAUUUUUUGUGACGCCUUGAACAUGACCCCCACACAGUGGGACUUCCCCGUGGAAUUAUGUUGUCGGCCUAUGGCUUUUGUUACCCUUACGGGCCUGGAUGUAGUUUAUAAUGCUGUCCACCGAGCUGUCUGGGACACUUUCUGUGCCAAUCGGAGGGCUGAUCGGGUACCAAUUUCUUUCAAGGUGCUCCCGGGUGACCAUGAGUAUCCCAAAUGUAGACCUAAGAGGACUUCCUAUGAAUGGUACAUCCCAAAGGGGAUCUUAAAGACGGGCUGGAUGAACAAACAUCUGAAUCUGGUGCCGGCCCUGGUGGUCGUGUUCUAUGAACUGGACUGGGACGAGCCUCAGUGGAGAGAGAAGCAGUCCGAGUGCGCCACCAGAGUGGAGAUAGUCAGGCAAAGUUUACAGGGGAGAAACACAAAGGUCGCAGUGGUUCUGAUUCAGAAGAAAACUCCUUUGCCGCCAGGAGAAGAUGUCACUGCGUCCGAAAGGGCUGCGGCUUUAUGCAACGCCUGUGAGCUGUCAGGAAAGUCUCUGUUCGUGCUGCCCCACACGGACCACCUGGUGGGUUAUAUCAUAAGGUUAGAAAACGCCUUUUAUGAGCAUGCACAGACUUAUUACUACACGGAGAUCAGAAGAGUGAAAUCUCAUAAAGAAUUUUUGAAUAAGACAACACACCAGCUUUUAUUUGUUAGACAUCAGUUCAAAAUAGCUUUCUUCAGUGAAUUGAAACAAGAUACACAAAAUGCCCUGAAGAAUUACAGGACCGCCUAUAAUCUCGUGCAUGAGCUGAGAGCCCAUGAAACUAACAUUCUGGAAAUUAAGACAAUGGCAGGAUUUAUAAACUACAAGAUCUGUAGGCUGUGUUUCCAGCACAACACCCCACUGGACGCAAUCGCUCAGUUCCGAAAGCACAUCGACUUGUGUAAGAAAAAAAUCGGAAGCGCAGAGUUGUCUUUUGAACACGCUGCGUGGAUGUCUAAACAAUUCCAGGCCUUUGGAGAUUUAUUUGAUGAGGCUAUCAAGUUAGGGCUGACCGCCAUCCAGACCCAGAACCCUGGCUUCUAUUACCAGCAGGCGGCGUCCUACGCGCAGGAGCGGAAACAGCUGGCGAGAGCGCUCUGCAGCCAUGAGGCUUCUGUGAUGUAUCCCAAUCCUGACCCGUUAGAAACUCAAACAGGUGUUCUUGACUUUUAUGGACAAAGAUCAUGGCGACAAGGAAUCCUAAGUUUUGAUCUUUCUGAUCCUGAGAAAGAGAAGGUGGGAAUUCUCGCCAUUCAGCUGAAGGAGAGGAGCGUUGUUCACUCUGAAAUAAUAAUAACUCUUCUGAGCAAUGCUGUUGCGCAAUUUAAGAAGUAUAAAUGUCCAAGGAUGAAAAGCCAUCUCAUGGUUCAAAUGGGAGAGGAAUAUUAUUAUGCGAAGGAUUAUACCAAAGCUUUGAAGUUGCUGGAUUACGUGAUGUGUGAUUAUCGGAGCGAAGGCUGGUGGACCUUGCUCACGUCCAUACUGACUACAGCUCUGAAGUGCUCCUACCUCAUGGCCCAGCUGAAAGAUUACAUUACUUAUUCCCUAGAACUUCUUGGAAGAGCGUCCACUCUCAAAGAUGACCAGAAAUCUCGGAUAGAAAAGAACCUCAUCAACGUUUUGAUGAAUGAGAGCCCGGACCCGGAACCCGACUGCGACAUCUUAGCGGUGAGGACGGCUCAGAAGCUGUGGGCGGACCGAGUCUCUCUGGCCGGCAGCAACGUCUUCACCAUCGGAGCGCAGGACUGCGUGCCCUUUGUGCAAUGCAAAGCCAAGUUUCACGCCCCAAGUUUUCACGUUGAUGUUCCUGUGCGGUUUGACAUCUAUCUGAAGGCUGAUUGUCCACAUCCCAUCAGGUUUUCCAAGCUCUGUGUCAGCUUUAAUAAUCAGGAAUAUAACCAGUUCUGUGUAAUCGAAGAAGCAACUAAAGCAAGUGAAGUUUUAGAAAAUUUGACUCAAGGAAAGAUGUGCUUAGUUCCUGGUAAAACAAGGAAGUUUUUAUUUAAAUUUGUUGCAAAAACUGAAGAUGUGGGAAAGAAAAUUGAGAUUACUUCGGUCGAUCUGGUUCUGGGCCACGAGUCAGGAAGAUGUGUGGUUUUGAAUUGGCAGGGCGGGGGCGGGGACGCCGCCUCCUCCCAGGAAGCCCUGCAGGCCUCGCGCUCUUUCAAGCGACGGCCGAAGCUCCCCGACAGUGAGCUUCACUGGGACAGCAUCGUCAUCCAGGCCAGCACGAUGAUCAUUUCCAGAGUUCCAAACAUUUCUGUGCAUCUGCGGCAUGACCCUCCUGCCCUGACUAAUGAAAUGUAUUGUUUGGUUGUGACGGUUCAGUCCCACGAAAAGACCCCAAUCAGAGACGUGAAGCUCACCGCUGGUUUAAAACCCGGACAGGAUGCCAAUUUAACUCAGAAAACUCACGUGUCUCUUCAUGGAACAGAACUGUGUGAUGAGUCCUACCCGGCUUUGCUCACUGACAUUCCUGUUGGAGACUUACGUCCAGGGGGACAGCUGGAGAAGACGUUGUACGUUCGCUGUGGAACAGUAGGUUCCAGAAUGUUUCUUGUGUAUGUUUCUUACCUGAUCAGUACGCCCCUUGAAGACAAAGAGAUCGUUUGCAAGUGUCACAAGGAUGAAACUGUAACUAUAGAAACGGUCUUCCCAUUUGAUGUCGCAGUUAAAUUUGUCUCUACAAAGUUUGAGCACCUGGAAAGGGUCUAUGCGGACAUCCCCUUUCUGUUGAUGACGGACCUUUUAAGUGCGUCCCCUUGGGCCCUCACUAUUGUAUCCAGUGAGCUGCAGCUUGCUCCUUCUAUGAGCCCAGUGGAUCAGCUAGAGUCCCAACUGGACAAAGUUGUCUUACAGACUGGCGAGAGUGCUAGUGAGUGCUUUUGUCUUCGAUGCCCGGCUGUUGGAAAUGUUGAAGGUGGAGUAGCAACUGGCCUUUAUAUCAUCUCCUGGAAGAGGACCUCCGCCAUGGGAAACGUCCCUGUCAUCAGUACUGCCGUCACUCUGCCACACGUGAUCGUGGAAAACAUUCCGCUCCACGUGAAUGCAGAUUUGCCGUCAUUCGGGCGCGUCAGAGAAUCCUUACCUGUCAAAUAUCACCUUCAGAACAAGACUGACUUAGUGCAAGACGUGGAGGUCUCUGUGGAACCCAGCGAUGCCUUCAUGUUCUCUGGCCUUAAACAGAUUCGAUUGCGUAUCCUCCCCGGCACCGAGCAGGAAAUGUUGUAUAAUUUCUAUCCUCUGAUGGCCGGAUACCAGCAGCUGCCAUCUCUCCACGUCAACCUGCUGCGAUUUCCUCACUUCACAAAUCAGCUGCUCAGGCGUUUUAUACCUACCAGUAUUUUCGUAAAGCCACAGGGUCGACUCAUGGAUGAUACCUCUAUUGCCGCGGCAUGAUGUGCGAGACUAGCCCUGGAUGUUCUUAGAGAGACGGUGGACGGAACUCUAUGGUUUUCAUUGUGAACUGUAGCUUUGAUCAUAUGGUAAAAGUUAAUCUUCUCUAUUUUUUAAUGGAUAUUAUACCAGCUCUUCAGAGGAACUCAUGCUUAAAACAUUGGGAAGAUCUAUCCUCUCUUAUAGUUUCACUAAUAAAUAUUUGAAAUCUCUCAGUGUGAUGUGAAGGAUGUCAGACCAUUGUUAUUGCUGGAGGUCAUUUUAUGAAUAGUAAGUUCUUUUGAAAGUAAGUGAUUAGCAGGUGCAGUAUCAGAGGAAAAGUAAGCAUCCCAAAUAGGAGUGGCCAAGGGGAGGAAAAUGCCGUAGUAUCUGCCCCAGUGAAGUGACUCCUCUUAGCGCUGGUGGAACUGGAGUCACUUUUAGAGCUGGCUGAAUUAGAGAUAAGCCCAUCGUCACAAAUUGGAUAUGUGCUCAGAGUACAAACUCAUAAUCAGUUGUCUGAGUAAUCCGGAAAUCUUCCAGAAAGUUUUAAUCAAAGCAAUUAAAAAUCUAUCAAAGAAAAAAAAAAUCUCUGUUUAGUUUCAAAACUUGUGAAAUAGUUCAGCUUGGAGCCCAAAUGUGGAUCAUUUAUGAAACAGGUUUGUAUUUGUAAGUGUUAACAAGAUUUUCGUCUGUCAGGAUCUAAACUAUAAGGAUGUGAUUAUAAGCUGAAUUUCUUAAGCUCACAGUUUUUGGAAAAGAUACAAAGUCUAAACAAGAGUUUUUAGUUAUCUUGGGCCAUUUCAAAAGGAACUAUCUAACACUCUUGGAAAUUCAUGUAAAUAAAAAUCAUAUUGUGAAAAUUUUCUCCUGUUAAAAUAUCUUAACUUAAAACUUACCACAUCUCCUGGAAAAUUUUAUUAUUUAAAUAAAGCAUAGGAGUUGUAAAAAGGAACUAGUGAUGUAAAUAAAUACGUUCUCUUUCACGUU